AUGGUCGCUCAAGAGGAAGUCACCACUCACAAAAAGACGCGUAUCAUAUCUGUCGUUGCUGCAACAACAAUUGCGCUGGCUUGCGGGACGAAUGUAUGUCACUCCGAUCAAGAAGACGAGAAUAAGCUCAUAUUUGAUACAUACGAUAAGGGCCCGGGAGGCAUGAGCGUAGGAUUGAUAUCAUUCUGCUCGUUCUUGAGCGGCGUGGGCAGCUGUUCGGCAUUCCAGGCCUCGCUGAAGACGGCAACUCUCAACUGGCCGACACAUCGUGGAACAGCGACAGCAUGUCCAUUGGCCGCCUUCGGACUCAGCGCUUUCUUCUACACCGUCAUCGCAGGAUUCGCCUUCCCUGGCGACACCUCUGGACUGCUAAUGUUGCUAUCCCUUGCAACAUCUCUUCUCGUCCUCGUUUCGAUACCCUUCUUGAUCGUCGUGGACCACCAGAAAGGCGCCGACUACGCCGCCUUACCCACCAGUGAGAAUGGCCGGCGAAACUCAAAUCUGCUCCACCGGGCAAAGUCGCAUGGUACUCGGUACAAGGCAUCUGCGGUACCACAACCUGAAAACAAUGAAGACGAUCCAAGCGGUCCCUCCACUGAAGAAUCAUCCCUACUAUCAGUCCCUGGAGACAUCGUCGAUGAAGACGAUGCGGCAAGUAAGAAGUCGUCUCACUCACACUAUAUAGAUGUUACUGGCCUAGCGCUGCUUUACAAGCCGGACUUUUGGCAGCUUUGGGUUCUACUGGGCUUGCUCACUGGUGUUGGGCUGAUGACUAUCAAGUAA